AUGCCAGGAAGAAUACUUUGUGUGGCUGAGAAACCCUCGAUUUCCAAGGCUGUAGCAGGGCAUCUAUCAGGUGGGCAGUUUACGACCACCGAGACCCGCAAUAAAUACAUCAAAAACUACACGUUUACAUUCAACUUUGGACCUCCAUGGGGGGAUUGCGAAGUUGUUAUGACAAGUGUCUCCGGUCACCUGACAGAAGCAGUCUUCCCUUCUGGGUAUGAAUCAUGGGAGCAUCCACCACCCGUGACAUUGUUUCGUGCGCCUGUGGAAGUGAGAGUCGACCCAGAGAAGGACGAUAUUUCAUCCAACAUCCAGAGUCAAGCCAGGGGUGCGAGAGCACUCUUCAUCUGGACUGAUUGCGAUAGAGAAGGCGAACAUAUCGGACAUGAAGUUCGCACCGAGGCACUCAAAGGGAAUCCAAGAAUGCAGGUGAAGAGGGCAAGGUUCAGUAAUAUCGAAAGAGCGCAUGUGCUUAAUGCAGCGAAAAACCCAAUUGAUCUUGACGAUCGACAGGUUCAUGCGGUUGCAGCGCGUAUUGAACUUGACCUACGUAUUGGAUAUGCAUUCUCUCGUUGGUUGACAAUUAGUCUUAGGCGUCUUGGUGGUUCUCUUGCCACUCAAGAUAAUGGAAAGAGCCGAGUACUCAGCUACGGGUCGUGUCAGUUCCCAACACUUGGUUUUAUAGUCGAUCGAUAUUUUCGUGUUCAAAAUUUCCGGCCUGAGCCCUUUUGGUCAAUAAGAGUGAUGCAUACCCGGGACAACAUCAACGUAAAUUUCUCGUGGAAACGAACUCGACUCUUCGAUCGUGCGGUUGUGACGAUUCUGUUCGAACGCUGCAUCAUCGCUAAAUUAGCAACAGUCAGUAAGAUCCAGGACAAGCCAACCAAGAAAUGGAAGCCUCUCCCGCUUACAACCGUCGAACUACAAAAGAAUGCUGCGAGAUUCUUGCGAAUGACCAGUCAGAUGGCUAUGACCGUAGCCGAGACGCUUUACAACAAAGGCUUUAUCUCUUAUCCCCGAACAGAGACCGAUCGUUUUGACAAAGGUAUGAAUCUUCAAGCGUUGGUAGAAAAACAGACACAGGACAACCGCUGGGGACAAUUCGCACAAGGUCUCAUGAAUGGAGGUUUCAACUGGCCAAGAGAAGGACGCAAUGAUGAUAAGGCUCAUCCACCCAUCCACCCUGUAAUCCACGUGAAUAGGACAGCCCUCAACGACGACGAAGGCCGAGUCUAUGAAUUCAUAACCCGUCGCUUUCUGGCCUGCUGUUCCGAAGACGCAAGAGGACAGUCUUCUGACGUUGAAAUCCUUUACGGGGAUGAGUAUUUCAAUGCACACGGCCUCGUUGUUACGGAGAGGAAUUACCUAGAUGUGUAUCCAUAUGAGAAUUGGCAUAGCAGCCAACCAUUACCCCAAUUUACUAUGGGUGAGAGAUUUGAACCUACUGAGGCGAUGAUGAACGAAGGAAAGACUACCGCCCCAGGGUAUCUAACGGAACCAGAUUUGAUUGCUCUGAUGGAUGCUAACGGCAUUGGCACUGAUGCCACUAUGGCAGAGCAUAUCGCUAAGGUUCAAAACAGAGAUUACUGUAUUACAAGGCCAAAAGUCGGCGGCGCAGUCAACAAUGACGAUGAACCAGCUAGCAGAGGUGCUAGAGGCGGCCGCGGUGGCAGAGGUCGUGGACGGGGUGGAAGAGGAGGAGGAGCCGAACCCGCCAGCGGAGGAAAUAACGGAAUCCUCGAGUUCAUACCUACAACACUCGGUGUAGCACUCAUUCAAGGUUUCGAGAAUAUGGACUUAGAAACGAGUCUAGGAAAGCCGUUUUUGCGAAAGGAAAUGGAGUCACGCAUGAAAGAUAUCUGUGAAGGACGCAUUACGAAGAACGAGAUGAUAAGACAGAGUAUUAGUCAGUAUCGACAGGUGUUUGAGGAUUCGACAGAAAGAUUGCCUGUGUUGCAAGCGGCUUGUCGACGAUAUGUUUUGAAUGCUGGACAGUGA